AAACAAGCAUGUCGGAUGCUGGAUUAAGAGAGUGUAAACAAGCAUGUUGGAUGGUGGAUUAAGAGAGUGUAAACAAGCAUGUUGGAUGGUGGAUUAAGAGAGUGUGUUGGAUGCUGGAUUAAGAGAGUGUGUUGGAUGGUGGAUUAAGGAUCAUGAAGAAGAAGCAAGCAGGCUAAGAGGAUGAAAGGAGCACAAAUAGACGUGCUCUCAUCCUGACAAGCCACCCUGCAGGACAAUCAGCACUUUGUGUUUUCAGACUCGCAGCUGCGACAUCAGAAGUAAAGACAUGAGAGUCGUGCUCAGUCUGGUUGUGUUGGCGUCGCUCCUCGUCAAUGGAAGUGGUGCAGCAGAGGAACAAACACCCUCACAGGACGCUUUAAAAGAGCUGUCCCAGGCUGGAGAGGAGGUGGUGGGCGAGGAGGUGAGUCGGGCGUUGUACGGCGUCACGCAGAUGAAGGAGGUGAUGUGGAGGAACGAGCAGAAGCACAAGCACCUGAUGAAGUCUCUGCAGCACAGCAGCGACAAGAAAAAGGGGGCGGCACAGCUGGCUCAGGAGGUGUCGGAGAAGCUGCAGGAGGCCGAGGAACACUGCAGGACCUCCUUCCAGUCCGAGUGGGAUGAGUGCAGACCCUGCUUGGAGGACGCCUGCAAAACCUUCUUCAGCAGCACAUGUCGCAGAGGCUUUGCCACUUUCCAAAGCAAAGUGGAGAACUUUUUCCACAGGGUGUCCCGACACUUCAGCUUCAGUGAACCCCAACUGGAAGCAGGUGACAUCCUGGUGAACCAAGACCCAGAGGACCCUGACCUAGAGGUGGUCCGCAUCCAGGACUCCUUUACCCGCCUGAGCCGUAAAGUGGGGAUGCUGGUGAACAACAGCGUGGCCUUGGCCUCCAGGAUGAGUGACAAGCUGGACCGAGCUCUCCAGAAGGCUCUACUGAGCGGGUCCCUCGUCCCCACCACCACCACCACCGCAGACACAGCCCGCGACUCGGCCUUUCUGCAGGGGGUGGGCUUGGAGGAGGUGCUGGACUCCUUCUUCGACUUUGGCCGCAGCGUGGUGGAGGAGUUUGGGGCGGUGGUGACGCAGGUGUUUGAUGACCUGCAUGGGACACAGGUACAAGACACAAAGAUAGAGAAAAGCGUCCCGCGCUUCCUGCGGAACCGGAAGCUGUGCCGAGACCUCCGCAAGCAGUCGUCUGAGUGCUGGCAGCUCCAGAACCGGUGUGAAACCUGCCAGGGUGCCUUGCUCACAGAGUGUCCCGGCGUGAGGGAGCUGCACGUGGAGCUGGACCAGGUGUCCCAGCUGAUGGGCGUGUCCGGGGAGCAGUACGAGGAGAUCCUGUCCAUCGUGCGGCGGCACGCCGACGAGACCACCAGCUGGCUGGGCGACAUGGUCGCAGAGUUCAGCUGGGUGGCGCAGGCAGUGGCCGACGGCAGCGGACCACAGAACCUUUUCCACGUCACGAGGGUGGCACCAAAGAGCCAAGACCUCAAUUUGCCAGCAGCAGAGACCCAAGUGGAAGUGAACAUCCUCAACUCUCCACCGUUCAUCCUUUCCGUGCCGAAGGAGCUGGACCUGCAGGAGCCGUCCUUCAUCCAGUACGUGGUCCAGGAGGCUCUGGGGAAGUACAGGGAGUUGGUCAGGUAUGAGACCGAGGAGUAGACGACAGCCAAUCCCGGAGCUCCAUAGAACUGCACAAUUAGAAGGAUUUAACGACAAAACGGACUUCUUACCUGCUGCCAGCUGAAGUAGAUGCAGAAACGUCCCAACAAAGCUUGAUUUGACGGAAAAGCUCAAUCCAAACUGUAUUGUCAAGUAAACAGUUUAUUUUUUUUCUGUACAAAAAUUCUAUUAGCAUUUUCUGUCAAUAGUUCAAGUCCUGACUUUAGGAACAAUCACAUAUUAGGUUCUCAACAUAAAACAGACAUUGAAUUAAAACCAAAAUUAAAAAAUAAAAUAAAAAAGUUACCAUCUUUGUCCAAGUUAUUCUUACGCUACUUUCCCCCCAUCACUGGACAGACAGUACACAUAGUUUAAAGGCCUACUGAAAGCCACUACUAGCGACCACGCAGUCUGAUAGUUUAUAUAUCAAUGAUGAAAUCUUAACAUUGCAACACAUGCCAAUACGGCCGGGUUAACUUAUAAAGUGACAUUUAAAACUUCCCGGGAAAUAUCCGGCUGAAACGUCGCGGUAUGAUGACGUAUGCGCGUGACGAAGUCAGAGUAACGGAAGUUAUGGUACCCCGUAGAAUCCUAUACAAAAAGCUCUGUUUUCAUUUCAUAAUUCCACAGUAUUCUGGACAUCUUUUGCAAUUUUUUUAAUGAACAAUGAAGGCUGCAAAGAAGACAGUUGUAGGUGGGAUCGGUGUAUUAGCAGCGGACUACAGCAACACAACCAGGAGGACUUUGUUGGAGCGCUAGCCGCGCUAGCCGCCGACCUCACCUUGACUUCCUACGUCUCCGGGCCGCCAAACGCAUCGGGUGAAGUCCUUCGUCCUUCUGCCGAUCGCUGGAACGCAGGUGAGCAUGGGUGUUGAUGAGUAGAUGAGGGCUGGCUGGCGUAGGUGGAGAGCUAAUGUUUUUAGCAUAGCUCUGUGAGGUCCCGUUGCUAAGUUAGCUUCAAUGGCGUCGUUAGCACAGCAUUGUUAACCUUCGCCAGCCUGGAAAGCAUUAACCGUGUAUUUACAUGUCCACGGUUUAAUAGUAUUGUUGAUUUUCUAUCUAUCCUUCCAGUCAGGGGUUUAUUUUUUUGUUUCUAUAUGCAGUUAAAGCACGAUGCUAUCACGUUAGCUCGUAGCUAAAGCAUUUCGCCGAUGUAUUGUCGUGGAGAUAAAAGGCACUGAAUGUCCAUUUCGCGUUCUCGACUCUCAUUUUCAAGAGGAUAUAGUAUCCCAGGUGGUUUAAAAUACAAAUCCGUGAUCUACAAUAGAAAAAGGAGAGAGUGUGGAAUCCAAUGAGCCAGCUUGUACCUAAGUUACGGUCAGAGCGAAAAAAGAUACGUCCAUCACUGCCUCUCAAGUCCUUCACUGUAACGUUCCUCAUCUACGAAUCUUUCAUCCUCGCUCAAAUUAAUGGGGUAAUCAUCACUUUCUCGGUCCGAAUCUCUCUCGCUCCAUUGUAAACAACGGGGAAUUGUGAGGAAUACUAGCUCCUGUGACGUCACGCUACUUACGCUACAGGCAAGGCUUUUUUUUUAUCAGCGAGCAAAAGUUGCGAACUUUAUCGUCGAAGUUCUCUACUAAAUCCUUUCAGCAAAAAUAUGGCAAUAUCGCGAAAUGAUCAAGUAUGACACAUAGAAUGGAUCUGCUAUUCCCGUUUAAAUAAAAAAAAAUCAUUUCAGUAGGCCUUUAAGUUAUGUUGUAUAAUGUUGAGAUGAUGGAACAUAAACUUUGUGUUGAACUGACAUUACACGACAAAGAAAACUCAAAUCCGUUGAUGUUUUUGAAUGUGUGCUAGGUCAGACAUGACACUGUGUUUUGUUGCGCUGUGCUUCCCACUCCCAUACAAUAAUACAACACAAAUAACCUGCAUGGUCACAAGAAACAUUGUUGUUUUUUUUGCUUGAAAGUUAGUUUCCGCAUUAAGAUGCUGUCAGUUUGAAACGCAUUAAAAAAGGUAGAAAAGU